AGCUCUCAUAAAAAGAUGAUGCUGCGUACAAUAGUGAAUGCACGCUGUUAGGAUGCCUGCCCUUACAUUGCCUGUUACAUAAUAAUUGCCAAGCUUCUUUAUUGCCGAAUUCUUUUAUGUCUAGUUUGACAUCUACGGACUUUGAAGAAGGGGGAGAAAAGCAAAAGAAAAGGGUUUAGAGAGUAUCAACAGCGUUCAUAUAUCAUAUUAGGGUUUUUCUCGGACCGCGGAAUCUCAAAGGUUUAUUCUGACCAUUGACGCCAAGCAUUGCAUCGUUCUUAUAGCAAUGGAGGCGGACUGCAUUGGCAUCGUCCGGGUGCCCCUGACUUUAUUGUCAUUUAAUUUACCCGCCAGUGUCAAAGCCCCGGCAUCAAAAAAUUGGCAUCCACAAGAACAGCUUCUUAGGCUUGAUUUGAAAAAAAUUCACAGGCUGUCGCGGUCUUUCCGACUAGGGCGGUGCCGACCAUCCAGGCCAGAACAUCAGAUGCGUGGUAUCGUGACUCCGGAAACGCUGGAAACCAUACGUAAAGCUACGAAGCUUUCUGAACAGGAACUAUUCGAAACAUCAGCCGUAGGUAAGUUCCCAUAUGUGACAGGCAGUUUCACUAUUUGGUGUCUUCAAGGUCGCCGUCGCGCCAUUGCAGCAAAAUUGGCAUUCCACGACAAAGCUUGGUGGACUGUCCGACUAUAUUGUGGGGCUGCAGGUCCGGACCGUGUCAUUUCCUUACUUGAUGACAUUGAAUCUUUAUGCAAUGACGCAUCGGAUGGGACGAUCUAUCGGCAAGUUCGUAUCAGUAUCAACAAAGGAGAGCACGGGGAAGUUCGAAGAUGUGUGCUCAAGUUGUCACCUCCAAAGAGAAAAAAUGUGUUCCAAUUACUAAGGCGAACCGACGUUGCAAAAGCAUUGGACUUACUAUGGCCGCUGACUGGUUUAUGGGACGGCUUGCAACUGGGUAAUAUACACAAACAUUUUGCACUGCAUUGCGAUCCACAAAUAAUCGCUUUUGUGGGGCACAUCCGCCAGGUGUGGAGCCAGAUUUUCCAAGGACACAAUAACCUAGAGGGCCUUUUGGAUAUCGAAACUGUACACUUUUUGCAAUUCAGAUCCCCAGGAGCCUGUAAGCAAGAUGAAGAAGAAAUUCGAAGAGCGAUGGGCCUAGGCCAGCUGUUUUUUCUAAUAACGAAUCGCGCCGUCCGUCAAGAUCUAUUACAAAACGUUCUUUCGAUUCGCGGCGUAAUCCCCAGCAUCAGAACUUUUCAUGAGAACAUGAAGUAUUUCUCAAUUUCGGCUCAGAUCCUCCAAAAACAUGUAGAAGUAGCCAAAUUCGUGGAAGUGACAGCCGGUAGCCGAAAAAGACAGCGUGUGGAUUUAAUGACUUCCUUAUGUUCAGAUUGGAAGCGGCCGACAGAAUCAUGCAUCGAAAUUCGUGAGGGAGCAUUCCAUCCAAUUCAAAUCUUCAUGACUCCUCAGUUAGCCUUUAUAGAAAUGUUCAUCAGAGCUCAGCGGAACUUUGCACGGCUCAGCGCUAAUGCCCCCUUGCAAGGCAAACAGGACAAAAAGGUUGUGGCAUACGAAGACCGCAGUUGUGUUGAGAGUUUUUGCGACAUGGCUAGAAAAGCUGGUUUUAUGAACGAAAAACUUGCACAUGAGAAAUCAACAACGCAGUCUCCCAAUCAUACCACUGGGAAAACACCGUCUCUCGAUCGCGCCGCCUAUGCAACACUACCCGCAGGAUCUAAUAGUCAAAUUCCAGAUACAUCGAUGCCCGCAGACUGGCGGGGAGGCAAACCUUUC